GAAUCGACCUUCAAAAUGGCGCGACACGAAUCGCGGUUGCCGAUGAUACCCGGUAUCCACCAGUCCUAUAUGGAAAUCAAAGACAAGUAUCCGAUCGGAUCCGAGAUGAAAAUUAUCGAAGGAAUCAGGUUCAUAGAAUGCCCCGAAACGAAAAAAUCGCACCAGCUCUGCGAUCCGGAUGUUGCUGCUGUGAUGCAUGCUAAAGAUCAACUCGUCUACAACAAGAAGAAUUGGUUGAUAUUUGACGAAAAACAGGUACUGACUUUUGACGCUUACUACAAAGAUACGUCGAGGGUUGCCUCGAAAAUGGAAUACGACAUACGAGAGAUGAAGAUCAUUUAUUUCUUGGUGGACGAAACGAUUCAAGUGAACGAACCGCUAAAGAACAACAGUGGCUCGCCGCAAGGCUGUUUGAUCAAGAAACAAAGAAUACCGUUACCCGGUUGCGACCGAGAUACAGGACCCUAUUACAGGUUACUCGAUCUGGUUGUCGGAGGUUCGGUGGUUUUUUAUGGAAAAGAGCUGAGGAUCACAGGCGUCGACGCGUUCACCAGGGACUUUCUGGUCAAAAUGGGCGUCGACGUGCAGGACAACGAACCCAUUCCCGACGAUCCGUAUUUUAAUUUCCGGAAAAAAACCAACCUGGAUUACACGUUCAAGUGUAGACCGAAUCUGAAGCGUAGUCGGCCGCAGAAGAGUUACAAAGAUUUUGUCUUGCGGUUCGGCGCCUAUUGGGACGAUCGGUAUGAAAUGGACGGCGAAUUGCAUUUUUUCGAUGUGCUGUACCAUCUCGUAGACGACACAAUAGAGAUGUCGGAAGAGUUGAUCGAUGACACAACUGGUAAAAUACGUCAUAGAAAGUUUGUGAACAGACAAAAAUUACCGAAAAAAAGUCCGUGGAGUAAAUAUCCAGGCCAUGAUCAAAAACAAGGAAUAUUAAAUAUCAUAACGAAAAAAGAAAGCCAAAAUGGAUAUUACAAAAUGGAUAGUCUGCCGUUGGAAGGAGACAGCGAGCCGUAUUACAAAUGCACAGAUUUGUAUAUCGGAGCGACCUUAAACGUGUUUAAUCGACGCAUUGUUUUGGUAAAAUGUGAUGAGUUUACCCAGACGUAUUAUAGAAUCAACUAUGGAUUAAGUAAUUUCGAUCCAGUAGACAGACCAAAAACAUUAAGGGAAAUCAGAGAAGACCAGUUGAAUGCAAAAAGGAUGGAAAUAAUUCUUAAAAACUAUGAUGAAGUUUUACGGAAAAAAUUAAUUAGCCAAGAAGGAACCGGUAUAAUAUUCGUAUUCUGCAUUCAAAUGGUAACUGACGAUCCAAUUAAUCAACAAAGAGAUUUUUUGCUCAAAUACUAUUUGGACGAUACUAAAUUUGGUGUGUAUGAAGUUAGACAUAGCAAUUCUGGAAUACGCGGUGGAAUGUUUCGAUAUAGACGAAAGUUUAGCAAAAAACAAGACAAAAACAAAUUGUUCGUAUUCCAUCAGUUAUAUGUUGGAGCUACCAUAUUUUUCGACGAGUUUGAGUUUAAAAUAACCGAUGUAGACGAUAAAUCACUGAGAUUCAUGAUUAAUCAUCCCAAAGAAUUCCCACAUAGCUGUUUGGAAACCGCAAAUAAAAAAGUACGCAAAGCGAUUGCCAAAGAAUUCUCGAGUCUGGAAGAAUUUCGGACGAAAAAUUUUCAAGAAAGAGCGUGGGUGGAAAGAGACGAGUUCAGGAAGAUCGUGAGCUUCGAAGGCGCACUAGAUCCUCACAUUGGAGUUGUGUUGUCGUUAACACAUAAGCGUCCGGAUCCGUUUGAACCUUAUUCGGAUGACACGUUUAAAAGUGUUGUACAGGACACUCUGAGGAGGGCCAUGUUCAUACACUUUGACGGUUUGAAGAGUAACCUCAGAAUUAGGAAAUCCAUUACCGACCGAGGGGAAUUCGUCGGACGCGAAGAAUCUAUCAAAGGGAUGAAAAGCAACAAAGUGCCAUUGUCAUGGGAGAUAACCAAUAAGCUUCUUAACAGGUUUACCGACGCCGAGCUGGGCUCCGUGAACUACGCGGACAUGGUGGACUUCAUGGAUUACAUCAAGUAUCCCGUGGAGCCACCGACCGGAUUGGCCAGGGAACUGUUGUUCGUCAAACCGAAAAAGGUUUUGAUCAACGUGGACGCGUUCUUAAACGCGUUGCCGCCGGAGGAGGCCGUUGAGGAUACCGUCGAGGAUACCGUCGAGGAUACCGUCGAGGAUACCGUCGAAGAUACCGUCGAGGAUACCAUUUACAAAAAAAAUCAAAUUAUGAAUCGCAAAAAAGUAAUCCAAAAUAAUUUAUGGGGAAAAUUAGGUUUAAAAGUUGACAAUGUGGUUCAAGGAAAGUGUACAUCAAAUACUGAUAAUGUAGCUCGAAGAUUUUUUGAAGAUAACUUAGAAGUACCAAUGAUUACUUGA